UUCGUGUCGCGCCGCGUCGGUUUUCGGAAAUUAGCUCCGGGCAGGUUUCGAAUUUUUUAAAAAUCGCGUUCGAAGUUCUUAUAGGGUAGUUCGAAACGUUUUUUCGUUCUUUGUCUUCGUUCAAAUGGACAAAUCGUUUCGCGCGCGUACGAGUCUCUUAAAAUCGCGAUCGUUUCAUUUUUCAAAAAAAAAAUAGUUUAUUCAAAAUGAGGGAAAAGGGGGAAGGGGGUUUCUUUUGAGGCUGAUUAGACCUGCCUAUAUCCGGACAUAUAACCAGGAAAAUCAGUUCUCUUUCCUGACUAGUGGCAUAAGGACUGCACAUCAUUUGUGAAUUUGUGACAAUGGGAUUCCCAAGAUUCGGAAGACUGAGAGGGUUUGUUUCUACAGUAAAAGAUUGUGAAUCAUCGGGAUGCGAGGCUGACAUGGCGGAGGGCUCGGCAGAGGAGGAACAGAGCAGUACCGCUGCACCAGCUUCACCCCCAGCUGACCUCCGAAUUCUGAACACUCAGCUCUCACCACCUUAUCAGCAUCAACCUUGUCUUCAGUCGCAUCUUCAGCAUCGACAGCAUUCCAACAUGUUGGCCACUGCAGUACCGCCAAGGCACAGUCACAGCAUGCUCUCGCAUCAGGUGAAAACGGAAAUGGACAUGGACAACCCCUGCGAUCUGCCUCUCAACUUAAAGAGCGAGGGUGAACAUCAAAAAAACUGUUCCAUAACUGUUACAGAUUUGGUUCUUAUCUGUCAUCCUAAACUUGGAACAGAGGAUGUUUCUUUGGAACAUCCUCUGUUAGAAGUUUAG